AGCAAACUUUGCAUCACAAGUCUCAUGUCAACGCUGGAAUUGAUGAAAAAGCAGUGUCUUGCAUCAGGGACACUGUCCUCUGCUUCUCUCAAAAGACGGUUUAUCAAAAAGGGAAGAGUCGCUCCAAGGGCCAACUCCAAAGAUGUGAACACAGAUUGCAGUCAUUCCAGCUGUUUCCUAUUUUCCAACUCUGGCAGUGGCCGUACUGUCCGACGGAUUCUGACAGCUUGCCUGCUGUCUUUCCUGGCCCUGCUUGGUUCUGUGUCCAUAGACCUCAACUCCAAUUUUGACUUACUCCACUCUACAGAAGCUGCUUUCGAAGAACUGGCUUCAUGCAGAACGGCAGCCAUUUUGCACCUUGUCAGUAAGCUUCAAUCGAUGCGCCAUCUCUUUAGCAAAGAGGCGAGGAACGAGAUGUUCAAUGCCAACGUUUCUGCCGUUGUGCAGCCCAUGUUGCAUCUGUGUGGUGACGUAACGGGCCACAGAAAUGGCUACGGACUGUAUUGCCAUGAUGGGGUGGCAGAAUUUUGCCAAGAGAUCGAAAGGCGUCUUCAUGGAUUGCUGAACGCUUCAUUGGAUAAAAAUAGAACAAUUGAACACAACAUUUCUGCUCUGAAUGUCUUCAUUGGAGGACUUCUUGAUAUGUGGAUUACAGAAGAAGAUACUCUAAGCAAAGCCAGAGAUGACCCAAACUGGAGAGACGUUCUAUCCGCAAGACUUCUCCUCACCUUCAUAGAACUCAACCACCAGUUACUGGACUCCCCCCAUACGGCGGCUGGACCCGCCUUCCAGGACAAGUGGACUUUUGCAUUGAGGCACCUUAGCUUGGCUAUCCUCAUGACAGAACAACUGCGUGACUGCUGGUUGGAGAACAUAGAUGAAAAGUUCAACUCAAGCCACUAUUUCAAACAUAUCUUUAACGCAAAUCUUUGGGAGAUAACAAACUCUUUGCCCGGGUCACACGCUGGACUCCAAGCACUGAAUGACACUCAGCACUGCUUGUUCGGCCGUGCGGUGCCGGCACUCCGGACGGCAUCUCGCUCGGUGUCUUCGAGCCUCAGUAUGAAGAUCAGCCUUCUGGCGAUAGCCUGCCUCAUCUACCCGGUGGUCAUGUUCUCCUUCAAGCAAAUGACUGAGUGGAUUGAAAAUUAUGCACAAAGUUUAACAGAGAAGACGGAGGACCUGAGACGUCAAAGACAGCUAGCCGAAGACCUGCUGCAUCAAAUGCUGCCAAAGUCGGUGGCCAAACAGCUCCGCCGACAUAAACACGUAGAGGCGGAGAGCUAUGAGAAGGUGACCAUCUUUUUCUCAGACAUUGUCGGUUUCACCUCCAUCUCAGCCUCCUGUACGCCUUUGCAAGUGGUGGAAAUGCUCAACAACCUCUACGUUUGCUUUGACACACGGAUCGACUCCCAUGAUGUAUACAAGGUCGAGACAAUUGGAGAUGCGUACAUGGUAGUGAGCGGACUCCCCGAGAGAAACGGGGACAGACAUGCUGACGAAAUUGCCAAGAUGGCUCUGGAUCUCAUCGCAGCCGUCCGACAGGUGUGCAUCCCUCACAUGCCCAAUCAGAGGCUGCAGCUCCGAGCUGGGAUUCACACAGGUCCAUGCGUGGCCGGAAUAGUGGGCUACAAGAUGCCCAGAUACUGUCUGUUUGGGGAUACGGUGAAUACGGCUUCGAGAAUGGAGUCCACCAGUCUGCCUCAAAAAAUCCACACUAGUUCUGCAACCUACUUGGCCCUUACUAAAGAUUUUGCCUAUGAGCUGCAGCUUCGAGGGGAGAUUGAAAUCAAGGGUAAAGGCAAAAUGAACACGUACUGGUUGAUUGGCCAUAAGAACUACAGUGUCCAGAAUGACAGCCUGGUUUGCCACUGGAAUCCCAACAUGGCGAGAAAAAAGAAACCUGAGGCCAGCAGUGAUGUUUCUGCAGGAAAUUCAUCAGUGACAGUGCAGAGCCUCAGCGAAAACGCCACCACCCCAGUGCCCAAUCACACGCCACCGCAGCCUCGAUCCGAUAAGGCGGACCUGAGUGUGGCAGCUCAUAUGGGGCCUUCAGGCAGCAACAAUGCUACCUUGACCUCCAAAAGUGGGGGACUGCAGGGUGGGGAUGAGUCCGCCUUCCUGCCCGGUCAGUGCAGCAGCAGUGGAGACAAAUGUGACAUUCUGCCUGGCUCCGCAAACAAUAACAACAAUAACCUCGGUCAUCACUGGACCUUAUGUAACAAAAUAUGGCAUUCAUAAAGAGUUAAGAGAGUCUCUCUCUCUCUCUCUCUCUCUCUCUCUCUCUCUCUCUCUCUCUCUCUCUCUCUCUCUCUUUCUCGUUCAUUCUUUUUUUUCUAGACAGCUUCUAUCCUACGCCCACUAGAGGGAGCUAUGCCCCAUUAUAGGAUAGUAACGAUUUCUUUCCCCCUCAAUUUCAACAUAAGAUUAUUACUCAGUGCCAUCUUGAUGCACAACUACCGAUAAACUCGACGACCUUUUUUGACCUAAACAUAAUACUUGUGUUGUCAUCAAUUGUAAUAGGAUACUUUGAAUGCUCCCACAUGGUGUUUUUUUGAGUGUCAGUGAUUUCUCGAAUCCCAACGUCAAUUUUCUUGAUUUGCAUCUGUUGUAACUGAUUCUUCAACACCCACCAGUUUCCAAAUCAGUCCUGACAUGUUGUGAAUUCACGAAUGUGUUAAAGUAUUCAUUUAAGUUGUGUGAAGUACUUUAUUAGUCAUUGACAGUAUUUUAGAGUAAUUUUGAAAAGUUGUUAUUCCACUUUUGAAAGACAGCAAAUGUACCAUUGUAUGGUGUAUCUCAUUUCGGUGUACAUGUUGAUUAUGGUCUGUUGGGAAGGCUUUCUAAAACAGCAUACUUGGGAGCUGCUCCGUAUUUCAUUAGCAUUUAACUUGGUUGACAUGAUGUACAUAAUACAACUUGACUGGAGCAACUGUGACCGUCCGUCUCUGUGAUGUAACCCACAAUAACACUUCCAUUGUGCUGGUUGCCAUACACAUUCCCCAAAAUUAUGAAUGAAUGAAUCGCAGAGACAUUUCCAUCUAUGAUUUAGUUGGAUGCAUUGUCUAUCCUGUAUGUGUUUCAUUUUCAUGUUAUUGAUCUUAAAUUGUGGUAUAUCGAUAAAAAACAAAAUACAUUUGUAAAAAUAAAGGCCUCCCCCCGAA